UCCUCCCUCCUUCUUUCCCCGAAUACCAAUUACUUCUUCGACCUCGCUAUUUCUCAGUCUACCUGGGACACUGGCGAUAGUAACUCCGUGUCAGGGACAUGUCCGUGACUUUUUCCUGACGGUCCCCGCGCGGUGACCUUCUAUACUCUCAUUAAGAAAUUUAUAUCAACCCUUUGGAUUGAAAGUACGCGCGCGUUCGCGCGCGGAAACAUUUUGAUUUUCUCUUCAUAAAAAAGAAAAGAAACAACAAAAAACAAAAAAAGAACCAACAACAACAAAAUAUUGUAAAAGAGUUUAUAAAAAAAUGCAAAAGUUUCUUUGGUGUCUCGGAUUCAUCGUCAUUCUUUUAAUUCAAAAAGAAUGUCAGGCGCGACAAAUAGGCGAAAAUAUGAAAAACUUCUUUGGUCUCUUCGGUAACAAACCACCGGACACUAAAGAACCACCUGCACCAUGUUACUGCUCGUGUGGAUUACGAAACGAAGAGAGUAGGAUCGUCGGUGGUCAAACGACACGAAUGAAUGAACUCCCAUGGAUGGCGAAAUUGUCCUAUUUAAAUAAAUUUUAUUGCGGUGGUUCUCUGAUAAACGAUCGUUAUGUGUUAACCGCGGCACAUUGCGUUAAAGGUUUUAUUUUCAGGUUUAUGUGGUUCAUGAUCAAGGUCACGUUCGGUGAACACGACAGGUGUAUCGAUAAAGGUUUGGAAACAAGAUACGUCGUCAGGGUGUUAACCGGUGAUUUUAGUUUCCUCAACUUUGAUAAUGACAUCGCACUUCUUCGACUUAACGACAGAGUUCCCUUCAGUGAUACGAUACGUCCGAUAUGUCUACCAACUAUUAAAGAGAACGAAUACAUUGGAUCGAAAGCGAUAGCAGCUGGAUGGGGUACUCUUAAAGAAGAAGGCAAGCCAUCCUGUUUGCUUCAAGAAGUCGAAGUUCCAGUUAUGAGCUUACAGGAUUGUCGAAACACCAGUUACAGUCCUCGCAUGAUCUCUGAUAAUAUGUUAUGCGCAGGAUAUCCAGACGGAAUGAAAGAUUCUUGUCAGGGUGAUAGUGGUGGACCAUUGAUAACCGAACGCGAAGAUAAAAGGUAUGAGAUCAUUGGUAUCGUCUCCUGGGGAAAUGGAUGUGCUCGACCAGGAUACCCUGGUGUUUAUACCAGAAUUACCAAUUAUUUGGAUUGGAUCUUAAGUAACUCAAAAGAUGGUUGCUUCUGCGAUAACAAUUGACUUCAAUUUUGUCGAAUUUAUCAAGAUCUUCCAACUUAGUUUAUGUUAUAUCGAAAAUUUAUGUUAUACAACUAUUCAAACGCUUAUGUUUCUUAUCAACCAGAACAGUCGAUAUUUUUUAAUUCGACGCCAUUGAAAAAUGCUAUUUAUGUAUUUAUAUUUAAUAUGUUAUAUCACUAUACGAGAUUUACAUGAAAACGAGAUUACGUAGAUAUAAGUUCGCUCGUGUAAUAAAUAUUAUUGCGUUAUGCUAUUCGACUUCAUUCUUAUUGAAUGAUAUA